CCUUCAUCUUGUUCUUGUUUUUCUCAAUUCACUUUAUAUUCUCAGCAUAUACUAAUUACCUAAUUUACUAAGAAAUUAUUCCCUGUCAAUUCUUCUUCCUUUUUAGAUAUAAAAAUCUAAUUAUGAAUUCAGAAACUACACAUUCUAUUAAAAACUCAUAAUAAAGUAUGGAAAACUCUCAGAGUUAUGGCACAAGAAUUAGGAUCCUUUGUUUAUUUUUGGGCAUGUUCUUAUUACAAUCUGGUGUUAGUGCUGAAAAUAGGAAAUAUCCCACAGGAAAUGUGAAUUUGGCACCAUUUGAACAGUGGAGAAGUGCUUAUUUCUGCUUGCUAAAUACAUCUCCACUUUGUUCAAAGAAUCAUACACUCACUAUGUCUGGAUGGCUGAAUGUAACACAUGAUGAAGGCAAAAAAUUCUGUGUAAAAGGAGGGUGUGCAGAUUAUACUAGAGGAGUACUCGAUUGCAUUCAUCAUGUCAAACGUGAUUUCUGGUUUGCAAAUAAGGCCCAAGUUCAACAUAUCAAUGACACAAUUGACAUUGGGUGCAACAGCCCACAAGGGUUUAAUGGAACAAGUUUGUACCCAACUCAAGGUUGAUAUCGAUCAGCCUCAGUAUUAUUAUUCCACCAUUUACAUUUGAAUCAAAUUGGCUUUGGUGUGUUAUGUUUUGUUGGGAGACCUAAAAGAUUGUGUAUACUAUACAAUAAGAAGCAAUAAAUAUCAAUAGCCAUCAGUACUAUGUAACUUUUUUCCAAAUAAAUAUCAAUAGCCAUCGGUACUAUGUAAC